CAUCAAUCCCGCUCCGGGGAAGCCAUGGCGGAUGGCGCGCCCAAAGCUGUCAAGGAGGAUCCCUACAGCGAAAUCAAAGCGGUGCUUGACCAGCAGAUGCGACAUCAACCCUACGAGCGCUUCGACAGCUUCUAUGAAGGUGAGGAGUUCGCGGAUGCCAAGUUUGCAGAGUUGGUGCCCUGGGGAAAGGACCAAACCUUCAGCGGCCUCACCCACGGCACGCCGAAGGGGGCUCACACACCACACGGCUGGGGCGUGUUGGAACAUCAUGAAGGCUUCCUUCAAGCCUGUGCUGUAUGGAGGGACGGCUUAGCUGAUGGUCCUGGAAUGUGGGCGAGCAUUGUCGAUGGCAAAGAACAGUGUGGUUAUGGCACUUGGAUGCAGGGCAAGCGGCACGGAUUCUUCGCCUUGGUGAAAGAAGGUGGCGUGUACCUCGAAGACUACGACAACGGAGAACUGAAGAAGCGGAUAAAGUGGAGAAGAGAUAAGCUGCAUGUGACUUGUGCCAGAUGUGGUUUGCUCUUCGUCCCCUCCGCAAACACCUCGGAAGAGAAAUUCUGCCGCUUUCACCUUUCCAAGCCCGACUACGACGCGCGGUAUGCUUGUUGCGGGGCACUGCAUGCAGUGAACCCACGAGGCUGCGCCACAUCCACCCACGUGGAGCCAGUUGCAGAAGGUGACAGCACCAUGGCUGCUUUGGCCGCCAUGGCAGCUUUGGACUUGGGAGGCGAUUCCAAGCAGUUCUGAUUGGCAUGACAAAGUUCGUGCAAAAUGGACGGUCCAGUGGCCAGCUUGUGGAGCUACUGUUGAGACCAAAGGUGCCAGUUGAGAAAA